AUGAUGCCCCUUGGCCAUACUAUAAUUAAUGGUUCCUGCGUGAAAAAUGAAUGGUCAAGUGAUGUCCGUGCUUCCUUGUACAGUGUGAUGGUGCUCAUAAUUCUAACCACACUGGUUGGCAAUCUGAUCGUUGUUAUUUCCAUAUCACACUUCAAGCAACUUCAUACCCCCACUAAUUGGCUCAUUCACUCCAUGGCCACUGUGGACUUCCUGCUGGGGUUCCUGGUCAUGCCAUAUAGCAUGGUGAGAUCUGUUGAGCAUUACUGGCACUUUGGAGAACUCUUCUGUAAGAUUCACACCAGCACGGAUAUUAUGCUGAGCACUGCAUCCAUUUUCCAUUUGUCCUUCAUUUCUAUUGAUCGCUACUAUGCUGUGUGUGACCCACUGAGAUACAAAACCAAGAUAAACCUCUUAGUUAUUUUCGUGAUGAUCUUUAUAAGUUGGAGUGUACCUGCCCUUUUUGCAUUUGGAAUGAUAUUUCUGGACCUAAACUUCAAAGGAGCCGAGGAGACGUAUUACAAUCAAGUUCAAUGCAGCGAUGGUUGCUUUGUCUUCUUCAGUAAAAUAUCUGGGGCCCUGGCCUUUAUGAUUUCUUUCUAUAUACCUGGAUCCAUUAUGCUGUAUCUUUAUUAUAGAAUAUAUUUCAUAGCAAAAGGGCAGGCAAGAUCAAUUAAUGAUGCAAAUCAGCUUCAAAUUGGGCUAGAAGGGGAAAAUGGAAUUUCACAAAGCAACGAAAGGAAAGCUGCAAAAACUUUAGGGAUUGUGAUGGGAGUUUUCCUAAUAUGCUGGUGCCCUUUUUUUGUUUGCAUAGUCCUGGAUCCUUUCCUGGACUAUACUAUCCCGCCCACCUUAAGUGAUGCAUUGAUGUGGUUUGGUUACUUGAACUCUAGUUUUAAUCCAAUUGUUUAUGCUUUUUUCUACCCUUGGUUCAGAAGAGCACUGAAAAUUAUUCUAUUUGGUAAAAUUUUCCAAAAAGAUUCAUCUAGAUGUCAAUUAUUUUUGGAAUCAAGCCCAUAG